GCUGUCUGGGUGCGUGGAUCUUACGAGUGGAAUAGGGGGGCACACAGAAAGCCGCGCUAGGAUUUAUAGCUGUUCCACUGUGGUUUGUUCCCUGGAUUUUAUCCUGUCACUUCAGAUUCUAAUGGAUGGUUGGAGCUGGAAGUUAACUUGUUUUCCUGGAACGUCCUGUUGAGUAACAUUGGGUGCACACGCUUCACUUGUGACUCAUUUUCUGGUUGUGAAAAAGCAAAUAAGGAGCCUUUUUCAAUAGAAUAAGGUGCUUCUGUUAAACAACAGAUUCACAGGUAUAAAAAUGCCUAUACUUAAGCAGCUGGUCACCCAUCCCACUGCCUCAAAGAGGCGCUCACGGGCAGACCUCACAGCAGAAAUGAUCAGUGCUCCACUGGGCGAUUUUCGGCACACAAUGCACAUUGGAAGGGCGGGUGAUGCCUUUGGAGAUACAUCUUUUCUCAGCAGCAAAGGCGAUAAUCAACCAGAAUCAGAAGAACCUGUUUCCAAGCCAGGGUUGCUUUCUAGAACUUUUCGCAGCAGCAAACGGUCACUUUCAGUGACACGCAGUGACCGCAGAGACAUGUUAGGUUCCCUCAGGGACUCUGCUAUCUUCGUAAAAAAUGCUGUUUCCUUGCCCCAGUUGACUGAGAAGGAGGCUGAAAAGACUUCUUCCAAGAAAAUGCCAAAAAGCCUCUCCUCCAGCCCAGUAAAGAAGGUGCAUGAAGAGCAGCAUUUAAAUGGGGCAUCUGCUCAAAGUCCAGCAACUGUUCCUGAUGCAGCCUCUGUAGAGAGGGAAUUUGGAGAACUAACAGACUUGCCAGAGCCUGCACCAAAGAGUAGCUCUGGUAUGAAGCAUGCAGAGUCUAUCAUGUCAUUCCAUAUUGACCUAGGCCCAUCUAUGUUAGGGGAUAUCUUAAGUGUCAUGGACAAAAGUCAAUGGGAGAAGGACCUGGACCAUAGCCUUGAUGACCUUGAUGGAAAUGGCUCUGUAUCUUCUUGGAAAAUGGAUCCUCCACCAACAUGUUACUCAUCACGUGCCCCUAAUUCAGAAAGCAGAAUGCCUAGAGUAACCAACAGUCAAGCUACCAAAGACAACCAUUCUAAGUCUAGAGACAGAUCAUUUGUCGCAGAAGACAAACCAAAGAGGGGAAGAGACUUUUCUUUUAUGGAUGAGGAAGAAGAGGAAGAUGAGAUCAGAGUGUAAAAAUGACUCAUUCUCAAAUCCAAAACUCUAUGUAUUUUUCUAAAAAACAAAAACCUGCUACUAUAGCAGCUAAUACCACAUCCUUGUUGAUGUGUGUCCCCAAUGCAGAAGUUGACUAGGUAAUUAUACUUCCAUCUAUAUUCCAUGUGGAACCAGGAUGAAAAGGUUUUUUUCCCAUCAAACAUUACAAAAGUAUUUCCUAUGGAUAUAUAGGGUCAAUGAAAAGUGAUUUGGGUCUGUUCACUAGGGUACAAGACCUUGGCCCUUGCUGGGUACUGGAACAGAGGAUGUCAGAUGUAAAGCCCUUCUUAAGUUCACUUAAAACCACAACUGAACAGUGUCUAGACUCUCUUUGAACCUCUGUAUAUAUGCUUUGUCUAGCCUCUUGUCCUUCUAACUUUGAUAAUAGAAAAAUUAUUGGAACUGAUGUUUAGACUGAUUGCAAGAGGAGAGGAUGACUUUGCAUGUCCGAUUCACUUUGUCACAUUCCUUGAACUAGCCAGUUUCUGGCAUUCUGUGUUUCGCCUGGAAACCACAAACUGUGACAAUCUACGAUGAAUGGGUUGUGUGUUAGGGGCAGUCUGCUGUACAAAGUCUUCACAAAUACUGUGUUCUAGUUAUUGAGUACUCAAUCUUUGCCUAGUGAAUAACUAAUGGAGGUCUGCCAACACUAAGGGGUCACACGGUUUUGAGUAACAUUGUGGUUGCACUUUCAUAAAUAAUAGUCAGUUAUGUAUACAGGCUGCCAGAGGGUCUCACAAAGCAGGACCGUACAUUUUGUCUGACUGUUUAACCGUAGACGCAGUGAAUACUAAUCUUAAGAGUAUUGUCAUAUUUAUAGUGCUCAGUAUAAUAAAAUAAGACACUAUGCAAUUUGGCCAUUAAAAAUAUGGUUACCCAUGUCAUAUAAUCUCUAGAAUUUAAAUGGAACAUUAAUUUUUGAUUUUUUUUUGUCUGCUGCUUGAAAAAAAUUAAGAGCAUUGACCAAGGAGAGAAAGAUAUUGCAUGGUCUGUUCAACCACAAAAUUGGGGAUAUUUCUUGCCAAGACACUGACAAAUUUACUGUAUAUGGAAUACAGAUUUAUUUAAGUUCUGUACCUAUUUUGUGCUGUUGUUUGCAUAAAAAAAAGCUUUUUUUAA